AGUCGACUCAGGCGCUGCAGGCCCCGACUAGAGGUGGAACUCUGACUCGAGACAAAGAGAUCAAGAAAUUGAAUGAGGAGAUCGAGCGGCUGAAGAAGAAGCUGGCAGACUCUGAUAGGCUGGAGCACCAGCUAGAGGAGGCGGUUACCCUCAGACAGGAUUAUGAGAGCUCCGCCUCCAAACUGAAGAGUGUGGAGAGACAGGUGAAGACACUGAGGCAAGAGAAGGAGGAUGUCCAUAAGCAGCUGUCCGACUCUCUGGAGCGCCUGAGGAGUCACACGAAGGAGUUGAAGGAGGCUCACUCUCAGAGGAAGUUGGCACUGCAGGAGUUCUCAGAGCUGUCAGAGAGGAUGACCGAACUCCGUGCCUCCAAACAGCGUCUGUCCCGUCAGCUCCGGGACAAAGAGGAGGAGAUGGACGCCCUCCUGCACAAGAUGGAUGCCAUGAAACAGGAGAUCCGCAAGACUGAGAAGAACCGCAAGGAGCUGGAGGCUCAGCUGGACGACGCCAAGGCCGAGGCAUCAAAGGAGCGGAAGCUGAGGGAGCACAGUGAGGUCUACUCCAAACAGCUGGAGACGGAGCUGGAGAGCCUAAAGUCUCAGCAGGGUCGGGGAGCAGCCACCGGGGGGGCAGAGUCUCAGCAGGAGCUGUCCCGUCUGAAGGCGGAGCUUGAUAAGAAGAUUUUGUUCUAUGAGGAGGAGCUGCUGAGGAGAGACUCUGCCCACUCCUCAGAGAUCAAGAACCUCCGCAAAGACCUGCACGAGUCUGAGGGGGCACAGCUCGCUGCCAACAAGGAGCUGCUGCAGGUCCGAGACAAGCUGGACAAGGCCAAGAGAGACAGACAAACUGAGAUGGAUGAAGCUGUGGUGACGCUGAAGGGAAAUUUUGAGCGAGAGAAACAUCUGCUGACGGAAGAAAACAGGAAAAUGACAGUGGAGACAGACAAGUUGUGCGCGUUCGUGGACAAACUAACUGCUCAGAAUCGUCAGCUGGAGGAUGAGCUUCAGGAUGUGUCGUCGAAGAGAGAGAGUGUCGCUCACUGGGAGGCUCAGAUUGCUGAAAUCAUCCAGUGGGUGAGCGAUGAGAAGGAUGCUCGAGGUUACCUUCAGGCUCUGGCCACCAAGAUGACGGAGGAACUGGAAACACUACGUAGCUCCAACCUGGGGACCAGGCCUCUGGACCCGCUGUGGAAGGUGCGUCGCAGUCAGAAGUUGGACAUGUCGGCUCGUCUGGAACUUCAGUCGGCCCUAGACGCUGAGAUCAGAGCCAAACAGCUGGUUUUGGAUGAGCUGCGAAAAGUCAAAGCUGCCAACAUCAAUCUGGAGAGUAAGCUUAAGGAGUCUGAAGAGAGGAGUAGGGAGAUGGGGGAACAGAUGGAGAAUCUGAAGAAGGAGAUGGAGGACAGUCGCUCCCGUUCAGACAGAGGUCUGAAGCUUCCAGAUUUCCAAGACUCCAUCUUUGAAUAUUUCAACACGUCACCUCUGGCUCCAGACCUGACCUUCAGAACCUUAGAGAUAGACUGCAUCACCCAGAGAUCGGGGACCCUCUCCCCCUCACCCUCUACCACAUCUGAACACGAG